ACUCCCCAGAUCUCUUCAUCACUCAUCAUUCCACACACAUCUCAUUUACAAACAAUAAAAAAAAAACUAAGAGAGAAAUAUGGCUGGUCUAGUGAAGUUAGCAUGCUUGGUCUUGGCCUGUAUGAUCGUGGCCGGUCCAAUCACAUCUAACGCGGCUCUGAGCUGUGGCACCGUUAGCAGCUACGUGGCACCGUGCAUUGGCUACCUAGCCCAGGGUGCGCCGGCUCUUCCCAGAGCGUGCUGCAGCGGCGUUACUAGUCUAAACAACGUGGCCCGUACAACCCCAGACCGUCAGCAAGCUUGCCGUUGCCUUGUAGGAGCCGCUAAUGCCUUCCCUACUCUCAACGCUGCACGUGCAGCUGGACUUCCUGCGGCCUGUGGAGUCAAUAUUCCUUACAAGAUCAGCAAAAGCACCAACUGCAACAGCGUGAAAUGAGAAGCGGUCGGAUGAAGCUAAUGCGGACGUUUGGAAUAUUAUGUAAUGGAUGAGAGAGUACUAAAAUAAGAUGUUCGAAUGGUUGUUGUUGUUUUUAGAGUUCUUCAGUUUCCUGUCUUUUAUGUUGUGACGUUCCUGUUACUGUGGUCGUCUGUACUAUCUUCACAAUCAACGUUAUAAAGAAUUUCAGAUGCAAGGUUUAC